CAGAAGUCGUAAUGUUAUACUCAACGGUAAAUGGUGGCCAAUUAGGUUUUAGUGACGGUACUUUUAUUUUGAAAGGUCGUAACGGGAAGCGGUCGGCGUGUCGCGUUUACCCAACUGUAUCAAAGUGAGGGGGAAACGAGCGCUGUGCGCCUACUUGAGCGAACACUGAAGGAGAGAGGGGAGCUCGUACAAGAAGCGACCGGGUUGUGUUGCGCCGACUGACAUGUCUCAACACAAGCGCUGAGUGUGGCUCGGGAAUAACCGUGUUUACCCCAGCCGCCACACACCCCGAACGGCGCUAGUUUAGGCGGCCACGCCCCGCAAGCCAGCGACCGGAGAGCCCCCACUCCCCGAAUUCAACUGCUGGCGGCGAGGAAGCGAGGCUGCUCUCUCGGGGAACCAUGAGGGAGUACAAAGUGGUGGUCCUCGGCUCCGGAGGCGUCGGCAAAUCCGCCCUGACCGUGCAGUUCGUGACGGGGUCCUUCAUCGAGAAGUACGACCCCACGAUAGAGGAUUUCUAUCGGAAGGAGAUCGAGGUGGACUCCUCGCCGUCCGUGCUGGAGAUCCUGGACACGGCCGGCACCGAGCAGUUCGCCUCUAUGCGAGACUUGUACAUCAAAAACGGCCAGGGCUUCAUCCUGGUCUACAGCCUGGUCAACCAGCAGAGCUUCCAGGACAUCAAGCCCAUGCGGGAUCAGAUCAUUCGAGUGAAACGGUACGAGAGGGUGCCCAUGAUCCUGGUGGGCAACAAAGUGGACCUGGAAGGGGAACGGGAGGUGUCGUCAGGCGAGGGCAAGGCGCUGGCGGACGACUGGAACUGUCCCUUCAUGGAGACCUCGGCUAAGAACAAGACCUCUGUGGACGAGCUGUUCGCCGAGAUAGUCCGCCAGAUGAACUAUGCGUCCACCCCGAAUGGCGACGACCAGUGUUGUUCGUCUUGUGUCAUCCUGUAAAGGAAACUUCGGCUCAUUGAUCGCUUGUUUGUUUUUGUUUUGCAAUGUGUGUUGCAGCAAGUGUGUCUUCUUGGCAUCACAGCCUUGCCUCAGAGGAAAAAUGAAGAGGAAUGCUGCAGGGGAACAAGAGGAAGAAAAGGAGGGAAGCAACUGAGGUGGAGGGCAGGGCUCCAUCCACUCUUCAGGAAUUCUGCUGUGUCGGAGAAUCUUUGUGGCAUGGUCCGUGCCCACAGUUGAGGUCUGAUCCCACCGGUUCAAGGCCACCCGGGUACUCUAAUUCCUCCUUCAUGGAAACAACACGGAGAACAUUCAAAUGACAUUUGGGAAGAGAGACUCUGAAAGUAUAUUUUGUUCAUAACCGCACUCAAUCCUGGACGGGUACAAACCUAGUGGUUCUUUUUAGUUUUUUUUGUUCCAAAGUCUAACAAGUUGGUGGUGGAAUAGCGCAACAACUUUUUUUUGGCAGGGUGGCAAGGAGAUCAUAGCAAACUUGACAUGAGGCCCACCGCCUCGUGUCCAAUGCCUUUUUUGUCCUCCCUCCCCAACACACUUCAGCUGUUCACGUUUAGUGCCGACACACCUCAGCGUGGCAACACAGGUGUUCUGUUCAAGGAAUGGUGCUUUUCUCAUUUGCCUCCCCCCCCCCCCCCCCCCCCCCCCCCGGUCCUCCACAGCGUUUAGCGCUGCGACCAGUCUUCAAACGCACGGGUACUGGAAACAUUACGACAAUGGCACCGAACCGCUUCCAGACCUCUUCAAUCAAUGUUUUAUUUUGUAGGACAAGUGACAAUGAUGAUGUUGUACAUGGUGUUGACAAAUCUAAUCCUGAUUGUAAAUUGAAUUUCAGACCAGCCUUUUAACUGUGGGUAGUCUGUUUUUAAAAAAAGAACUUUUAAUACAGAUGGCAUUUUUUUAAAAACAAAAAAUACCAGGCUGUGUUCUCUUUUUUUCUUCAUUUCUGUUAGAUUUUUAAGCGUCAUGUCCAAAAAUGACUGUUAACCUCCAAUUUGUUCAAAUUUUCAAACAAUAGAAAUGAGCAUGGUCCAAUUAUCGCAAUCAAAAUUUUAUUAGCCGUAAUGGCUACAUGUUUUAAGCAGUAUUCUUAACUGUCAUACAAGUUUAAAAAGUUAAUCACUACAGGGGGUCCUCGGUUUAUGAUGGUCCCAACGUACGACAUUUCCAGGUUAUGAGCGGCUAUUAAAUACUAAUUUACUGGGUGGUGUAUGAGUUAACAUCAUGCUGUUUUUCAUUUGAUAGGCCAUACUGUAAAGAUAAAACUGUGUUGCAUGAAAAUAGUUUGUAAUUAUGACUUCAUUGCGUUAUCACAGGUUAGCUAUGACACGUUCCUACUUGUGUACCAAUUUGAAUUACGUCGUAAACCGAGGACUACCUGUAUAUUAAAAUAAAUAAAUCUUGUACUUUUAUUAAAAAGUGACUAUCCGCACAAUCACCUUCUCACCUAACAGUUUAGAAUGGUCCUUCUUAUGGGAAAGUGUAACAAAUAUAAAGUGCCUAAUAAAAAGCAAAACAUGCAAAGUUAAUCCUUCUGAACAGAACAGUUCUCGUGAGGCUUGCUGAGACGUUGUGCCAUUGUGCCUAUCUUUUUGAACAUAUGUUGCCAAAAAGUCAAAUAAAAGUGUGUGAAUACGAGUUAAUGCUUGCUAAAAUUAGAUCUUUUGUGUUACACUGACGUCAUGCCUCGUCUACAAAUAAAGCAACUUCGCACUCACUGAAAUAAGCGCUCAUGACAGAUGGUUCCAACUACAAAAUUUUGGAUACAUUUUUUCCCCAAUUUUCUUUGGUGAAAUUCCAAAUCGUACAACUUCAGAAGUGUUUGAAUUCAGAGGUAGUUGCUCUGCUCUCAAGUUUAGCCAAUGCAGCCAGGCGGGUUUGCUAAUCCUUAAUCACAUCACUGCUUUGACUUCAGUUAAAAUACUUCCUCCCCCAACAUGUUAAACGAUGAGUAUAUGUGUUAUUUGUGCAACAUAACAGGAAAUAAGGCUACCAACGGUUUAAUCUCGCUCUCAAACUGGAUUUCUGUUUGCUAAAUGCCAGAAUAAUAUUUUUAGUUCUUUUUUUUGCAUGAUUUUUCAUUACAGUCUUAAAACAAGUUGGGAAAACCAAGAUCAUGUCUUUGGAAGCUUUUGAUGGGUUUAUUGACAACAUUUGAGUUAAUUAGAGACACCCCUGGAUGUAUUUGAAGAAACACCUGAAACAAACUGCUUCUUUAUGUAACAUUAUGACAACGAGAUCAAUAUGAAGAGAAUUGUGCACUUGCACAAGUGUGGUUCAUUCUUGGGUGCAAUUUCCUGAUGCCUGAAUUUGCCACGUUCAUCUGUUCAAACAAUUAUACACAAGUAUAAACACCAUGGAAAUGUCUUGCCAUCUUACCGCUCAGGAAGGAGAUGGGUUCUUUGUCGCAGAGAUUAAAGUGCUUUGGUCCGCAAUGUCUAAGUCAACCCAAGCAAAAGACCUUGUGAAGAUGCUGGCUUAAGCUGGUAAGAGUGUGUCAUUAUCCACAGUGAAAUGAGUACUGUACAGACAUGGGUUGAAAGACCACUCUGCCAGGAAGAAGCAAUUACUCCAAAAGAAACAAACAAACAAAAAAAGACAGAUUACACUGUGUAAAAUGCACAGAGUCACAAAGACCUUCAUUUUUGGAGACAUGUCCUGUGGUUGACAGAACUAAAGUUGAACUGUUCGGCCAUAAUGAGGAUCAAUAUGUUUGGAAGAAAAAGAGGAAAACUUGCGAACCUUAGAACACCAUCCCAACUUUGAAAUACAGGGGUGGCAGGAUCAUCAUGUUGUGGUGUGUUGCUAAAGGAGGCACUGGUACACUUCACAAGAUGGCAUCAUGAGGAAAGAACAUUAUGUGGAAAUACUGAGGAAACAUUCUCAAGACAUCAGCCAGGCCAGGAAGUUAAAGCUUGGCUGAAAAUGGGUCUUCCAAAUGGACAAUGACCUGAAGCAUACUGGCAAACUAGUUACAAAGUGGUGGAAGAACAAAAAAUAUAUCUCAGUCCUAUUGAAAAUUAAAGGGCAGACCUGAAAAGGCAUUUGCAAGCAAGGCGGCCUACAAACUUGGCUCAGCUAUACCAGUUCCGUCAGGAGGAAUGGGCCAAAAUUCCUGCCAAUUAUUGUGAGAGGCUUGGGGAAGAAUAUCCAAAACCUUUGACCCAAGCCACACAGUUUAAAGGCUAUGGUACCAAAUACUAAUGAAAUGUAUGUGAAAUUUUGACUUUGAAGAAUGCAAAAUUGUCAUCUCAUUCUGGCAAAAUAGAAAUAAUUCUGGAAAUCCUAAUUGUCCUAAAACAGGAAAAGUUUAGUUUGAUUUCAUGUCAGACAAAAAAAAGCGUGUCUUGUUAUAUGGUUUAUGUAAACGUCUGGUUUCAUCUGUAUGUAUGCUUGUGUGUCAGUAUGCUGGUCGUGAGUCAGAGGGUAGUCCACCCACGAAGCUCCAGAGUGAGCGUCUUUAACUUGGCCGACGUCAUGUAGCCAUGGAGCUUAUCACUUCAUCCAUCAGUUGAGGACACCAUUAAUAUAAGACAAUACACCACAUAUAAAAUAUGGAACUUGAAUGCAUUGCAAGUUGUACAAUUUGGGGUGGGAGGAAUAUUCCUUUAAACCUGCUCAAAACUUUAGUUGGCAUGUUGCAACAAUACAAAAGUAGAAGCAACCUCAGCAAGAGUCAGACACACCAGAAGUUGUCACUUGUCAAAGUUUAUGUAGACUGUUGUGUUGUUUACAAUUUACAGUGGUUUAACCUGUUAACACUUGAUUUGUUGUGACUAUGUUAAAAAGUGAGAUGCAUGAGACAUGAAUCGUUUUCACGUUUUACACCAUAUCAUUGAAGACGACAGCCUAGCAAGGAUCAAAGGAUUAACCCUGGAUGUGUUUCGCACCGCCUUUUCUUUGUCUUUUUUCGUGACACUUAUUUAGAAAGAUGGAUGACAUCGUGCAAAUUGUUGGCAUAUUUCACCAAACCUCAGCAUGCCUCACUAGAGUCAGUAAUGGCUAAACUUUUUCUUUUAAGUAACAAUAUCUGUUAACCUUUUUUUUUUUUUUUUUACACUUGUAUGACAAUGUUAAAAUGGAUGUGUUUCACACGUGGCUUUUUCUUUGGCUUUUUUUUUGGCAACACUUGGAUGACGUAAAAUGUCAGCAUACUGUGGAGAUUAACUAGAAUAUUUUGUCAUAUGUUUGUCUUUUUUCUUUGACACUUGUUUCUGCCCAUGCGUAGUGUUUGGUUUUGAAGUCAUAUCAGUGGUUAACUUGUUUUUACACUCCUAUGACAGUUAAGACUUAAAAUGUAAAGCAAAAUGUCAUCCGUGCAGUUAACUAUAGGUGUUUACAAUGGCAACAGUUUAAUCCUGGAGCAAUGUCACUAGUUCAGUUGUUGCAAAAUUCAAACACAGUCCCCGUAAUGUUUGUUCUAAAUUGGUAUCAUGCAGUUUUUACAGUAUAUCUUCUAUCACUGUUGAAAACCAACAAAGUAUUAAUGCUAAGUGGUACAGAAGGUUGACGAAUGUGUAAAAAAGUUCUUCCUGUGUUUUAUAUAUAUAUAUAUAUAUAUAUAUAUAUAUAGAUAUAGAUAUAUAUAUAUAUAGAUAUAUAUAUAGAUAUAUAGAUAUCUCUAUAUAUAGAUCUAUAUAUAGAUCUAUAUAUAUAGAUAUCUAUAUAUAGAUAUAUAUCUAUAUAUAGAUGGGGUCAUUUUUGAGUCUGUUGCAGUUAAGGCGAGCCUUGUGUUUGCAUGGCAUUAGUAUCCGCACGUGGUUGAAAUUGAACCCUGUCUUGAACUGUUGCUCGAUAAGAACGUUUAUAGCAGUUAUAAGCCAGAUAGUGUGAACGUUAACCCCCCCCCCCCCUCAUCCUGUGUCUUUUAUUCUAUUUAUCUCCUAUUUCAAUCAGUGGCUGUGGCGUAAACAUCUCAUCGUGAAAGAAUUUGCCCUUUGGUGGAAAAAGAUGAUGUGGCGAGCUCUUUCUUUUCAUCUCUGCUUGAGGGUUUCACUUCCUGCUUUUAACCUUAUAUUUGCAGGACUUGGGUAUCACAAGGAAGAUUGUUUUUCUUUUUUUCCCCCCCAAAAAAACAUGUCAUGGGAGGUGGUCACGUGAUGUGGUUGCCAUGGUUAAGGGGGGCUGGGAUGUGGUAUGGCUGCUGGGGGUGGUGGUGGGAGGGAUAUGGCCUCGUGACCUCGCUGCCUCAAUCGUGGUGAUGUCGAGGGCGUCGGCCGCUUUGACCACACAUACUGUCAGCUUUGCAUUAAAACUGCUUAUUGAUCUCCUGAUGAUAAAUUAGGGUUUUCUGCUGGAGUCAGAGCCCGCAUGGGUGGGUGGUGUGAAUUAUACGCUGCCGCUGCUCCCCAAACGUCAGUGCUAUUUCGGAUGCUCUGUUGUGUACAAGCUUGUGGUUUUCUUUUCUUCUUCGCUGUAGCACUCUGGCAUUCCUCUUAACUGUAUUAGCUUCCCUUUAUCAAGUUACUCAAAGCCGAUAAUUAAGCCAAAAAAUGCCUGUGCAGCAGCUGCGUUAAAUCUUAAGUGACAGUAUGAGUUGAUUUAGCGUGCGCAUCGUGGUCAGCAAUGUUCGGAAUCAGGUACUGCAAUGUGAACAGUGAUUUCCGAUUACGUUAACCAUGAAAAAAGAGUACACACAUACCAAUUUUUAACCAAUUUUUUAAAUGUGAGACACCACAUACGAUGAGCAACAAGUGUUUGGUAUUCUUGAGAUGACCAACACACACAACAAUAUUGCCAAAGACAAUCAUGACGACCAUGUGCAUCAGAAUUUGCGAUAGUAAACAUUAAACAGGUUUAACAUUUACGAUUCCUGCCUGCGGCUGACCGCUGCACAACCAGAUCAGGGAGGAAGACUCAUUCUUGGCACACCCCGCACCGCAGAAUAAUCACUCAGGAUAAUCUGACAAUCGGCCCUUUUCUGACUUUGAUCAGGAGGACUUUUUCUUUUCUUUUUUUUUUUUUUUUUUUUUUUUAAAUUCGGCCCGAUUACUUUUUUUGGUGUGUAGUCUGCAUUUGGUUAUAAUAUAUGUCACACCUUAAUGGCAUUUUUUACAUCCUAUUAGUAUUUGUAGCUUGUCACAACACCACAGCAGCUUGUAUAACACAUUUUAAUUUAUUCUAAUUUAUGGAGAAUUUUACCCUUAAAAGUAAUAGAUAAACUUCAAAACAUUAACUUGCGUGCAUGUGUUCAGGAAGUGAGUCUUGUCACGUUAUAGAGCUGACUGCAUUUUACAUUCUGUAAAACUGUCACCAUCCUAACUACAGGUAGAGUUUUAAGGCACACUUGAGCAUUUUUAAACUACUACUUCAGUGUAACUAGUUAAACACUCAUAACGUGUGUGUUUUUCUUUUAUUAUUGAUGCCUUAUUGAUCCUUUGGCGAUGUUAUACUGAACAUCCAGGACAGAGAUGUGGGUACCGCUUUUCUAUGUCACAAUAUGUACAAAACAAAAGCAUACCUUGUUUGAACUCUGAAGUUGUUGUUGUUUUUUUUUACUUUUGAGCCUGGGUUUUCCACACAAGUGGAGUUAAUCCUUUCAAUGCUAACUGAGUCGAAGUCUCAGGAGAAUUUCUAAGGCCUCAGGAGAUUUGUCAAAGUCCUGUGUGAUUUACUUAGUUCUUGUGUGAAGUCAUGCAGAAUUAUCAUUUUUUUAACUCUAGAUUUUUGUGUGACUUACAUUAAUAAAUGUAAUACAUUUUCAAUAAUAA